AUGACGGGCAAACGGGAAAUUGAAGAAUUCCUCAUGCAUAUUGCACGGAGAAUUAAACAUAACAAUGCGUUGUACAUGUUUUUAAUUAGCACAGAGGAUGCAACGGAGGAUAUGGCCCUGUACUAUUUGGAAAUGUGUAACGGAAAUUGUAACAAUGCUCUACAGCUCUACUACGACAUACAUGGAGGGCCCGGUGCGCAUGGAGGACAGGCCGAGGACCAAGCACGGUCCGUAGAAGCCACGUGGACAACAGAUGGAGACGUAGGACCAGCAACAAGUAAUAAAAAACAAAAUGCAUUGGAAGAAAAUGACAGUACCCAGUGUGACGACAGCGUUAGAGAGCCAGACAAACAUUUUAAUCAAGCGUUAAUUCAUGACAUGGAUUACUCGAAUUUUUUACACAUGAAUGUAAAGAACAAGAAUGCAAAGAAAAAAAAAGAAAUGGAAUUGGGGGACACGUUUGGGAAAUUGUUUUCGGCACCGACCUCUCUCAUUUGCUCGCUGUCUUUGGAACAGGUGCGUAAAAAGGCGAGAGAGGAAAACAAGUACAUCCUUGUGAGCAUUCAGGAUUCGGAAUUCGAGUCCUUGAAAUUGAACAGGGACAUAUGGAACAACGAAAUGGUGCAGGACAUAAUAAAGGACUUUUUCAUUUUUUGGCUGCGCCAUGAGCACGACCAGGACGCACUGGUCUUCACCACCACCUACAAGGUCACCAAGCUACCCCACAUCUGCGCCCUGUGCAAAAGAACAGGAAGAAAAAUAAAAAUAUGGAAUAUCAAAAACUUCCAAGACCCAAUAUGUGCCCAAUCACAGUUGUAUGAAUUUAUUGAAAUGAUGACUUCCACAAAUGAGGGAGAUGGAGGGACAGUGAGCAAAGGCGCUCAUCCAUUUGAACUGCGCAAUGAGGUAGUCCCACCUGAAGGAGAAAAUGAUAACACGACAUGCAGUGGCGUCCAUGCAAAUGGGGUUUGUAACACUUUAAAAGGGGUAACAGGACCUGGGGCAGGGGAAACCCAUGCGGCGGAUGCGAAACAAAAGGGAAUUGAGCAGCCCGCAAUGGAGCAGCCCACAACGGAGGAGAGAACAAACACAGUGGAGUAUAACAAAAUAAACAAUGAGCUGUCCGAGCUACACAAAUUGAGAUUGCAGCGGCUUCGGAAGGGAUAG